GGCGGUGUGUGCGUCCACCGGGGACAGUCCCGUUGAGUGGAGCGGUAGCACGGACGGACAUUUUCAUCCUGAAUCCAAACAAAUACAGCGAAAUAAAAAGAAGAGAAAGAAGAACAGAAGAAACUUAACGAGUUUUUCCUGUUUGAGAUCAAAGUUCAUCAGUCAUCAUGGCAGACGAAGCAGACAUGCGCAAUGAGCUGGCCGACCUGCAGACACGUGCAGACCAGAUAGCUGAUGAGUCUCUGGAGAGCACUCGGCGUAUGCUGGCUUUGGUCGAAGAGAGUAAAGAUGCUGGCAUCAGGACUCUGGUCAUGUUGGAUGAGCAAGGAGAACAACUUGAUCGUGUGGAAGAGGGCAUGAACAAGGUGAACGCAGACCUGAAGGAGGCCGAGAAAGAUUUAAAAGAUUUAGGACAAUGCUGUGGUCUGAUAUGCCCAUGUAUUAAAAAGAUUAAGGGCGGGGGCCAGGCGUGGGGAGGGAAUCAGGAUGGAGUGGUGAACAGCCAGCCAGGGGCUCGAGUGGUGGACGAACGUGAACAGAUGGCCAUCAGUGGGGGCUUCAUCCGCAGGGUAACAGACGACGCUAGGGAGAAUGAGAUGGAUGAGAACCUGGAGCAGGUGGGUGGGAUCAUUGGCAAUCUGCGUCACAUGGCCCUGGACAUGGGCCAGGAGAUCGACACCCAGAACCGCCAGAUCGAUAGGAUCAUGGAGAAGGCUGAUUCCAACAAGACCAGGAUUGAUGAGGCCAACCAGCGUGCUACAAAGAUGUUGGGCAGUGGCUAAACUGCAGCGAAAAAGUGCUUUCAUCCCCAUUUAACCCCAAUCACCCAAAAAUAACAUCACCAACCAGACCCAGCCCCCAACACCAACGCCCAGCGCCCACUUCCUAUGCUCGACAGCAGGCGCUGCAACAUCAUGCUUUUAUUGUGAUACUUGUAGAGGUUUGCACACAUACACAUAUCAUGCACAUAUCUGCCCCCUGCCCAUCACUCCGCUGUGUCCCUCUUCUUGUUGUCAUUGUUGUUCUGUGUUGUCCCUCUUUUGAUUUUGUUAAGAAAUAAUGGUUGUCACACAUCGUCAACUCAGUCUCUCUCUACAUUGUACAGAGUGUUUCUUUAAUGGCUUCAUUGAUCCAGAUCAUUUGUCCUGUAUUCUUUGUCACUUUUUUUUAAGUCUGUGUGUAACAUAAACUGUAUGUACACCUUGUUCCCAGAUGUCCUUCCUCCAUGUCAGUAUUCUGGUCUUGUCCUUGUAAGGACUGUGUAUCCAUCAGUUAAGAUGUUGUGAUGCUACAUGAUAAGGCCACAUUGAUUUGCUGUGAAUAUAGUGAACAUACAAACUUCACAGCUUGUAACCCAGGCCACUGUAUAAAUACAAAGUCAUUUAUUGUAGACAUGGAGCCGCUCAGAUCUUAACAACACAGUAGACAGUGGAUACUCAUUUAAGUCCCCAUAAGUAUGGAUGAAAACAGGACUUAUUGAUCUUGACCAUUUGUGUAUUUUAAAAUACUGAUGGAACAGUAUUAACAAUUUGAUGCUAUUGAUUGUGUAAUGUUAACUUUUUCCUCAGGGACCUAAAUCUGACCAUUCAAAAGAAAGGGUUGAAUGUUUAAUUGGUUUGCUGUUAUUCAUGAAAACUUUACCAUAGGGCUCAGAGUCUAUGCCAAAAUUUGCAUUUGGUUGUGGUCUGAACAGCAUUUUUGUUUAAGCACAAGAAACAUAUUGGGUAUUAACCACAACAGCUAACAUUGUGAUGGUGAGAAAGUUACAGUGGGGGUAAACAACCAAACAUCACAUACCAGGCCAGACUGCUUUUGCCCACAAUUCAACCCCAGCAAUAUCAAGUAACGUAUUAAGUGUGUUAUGCAUGUCCAUCCACUGCUAGAAGACACUGAAUAAUUCAUUUAUCCAGGCAAAAAUAUCUUAACAUGGCAACCGCAUGCUACACAUGUAGGCCACGCAGAGGAGAGGCCCAUAUUUAUCUGCAAUAGUGCCACUCGUUUUGUUUCAUGUCUCUUUACCUUUCCAGACUGUGACCACCACUGUAAAUUAAUACCUUGGAAAAUGCCAGUAAAACCAUCAUAACUGUAGAACCAAACUGAGCUGCCUUUCUA